UUAUUAAUCUCUGUAGACUAAAAUAUCAUUGGGAUAAAUAUAAUUUAUAGUAAUUAACACACAUUAUAUGCAUACUUUCAUAUAUACUCAUAAAUAAUAUCUAGUCCGCCAGAGCAAGGUCGCAAAGUAAACAAGAACAUUAAGGAAGUCUUUGAUCGUUCAUAUGAUGAAUUUGUUCUUUUGAAGGAACAAUUGAAUAAAGACCUGAACUUGUGUCUUCCGUUAUGAACCAAGUCACACGACUCUCUUUGUCAUUCUUUUCUCUCUCUCUCUCAUCUUAAAAAUUACUGGUGAUGUCUGCCAUAUUCAACUUUCAGUCUUUACUUUUAGUCAUUCUACUGACCAUCUGCACUUGUACUUACAUUCGAGCACAGGCACCUUCUUUAUUGGAUAGAAAUAAAACUGGUCUACUUGGCUUAUUCUGGAAAGCAGCAAGAAUAGGUGAAAGAUUAAGCCCUUAUGUUUCCCUUGCAUGCAUUGUGAUGAGUAUUACUUUAAUGAUUCAUUAAAAAUAAAGAAUUAU